AUGGAGGACCUGUCGGAGCUCACCACCCUCACGUCGCAGCUGAAUGACAGGCUGCAGGACAAGAUCACGCAAGUGCGCGCGGAGAUGGCGCAGCUGCAGGAAGAGAAGGCCGAGUUCGAGGCUGAGAAAGCCGUGAUGCAGUGUCUCACGUCCCAGCAGAGCGAUGUUAUUAAGCUCAACGUGAGAGGGAAGCACAUAGAAACGAGGAGGUCUACGCUUUGCCAGGUUGAUGGCUGCCUUCUGCAGUACAUGUUCAGUGGGAGGUGGGAGGACAGGCUAGAGCGCGACUCAGAGGGCCGUGUGUUCCUGGACUACAAUCCAUACUGCCUUGAGAAGAUCCUGGAUUUUUUGUGGGCUCUGCAGCUCUCAUGUGCAGAAUACCCCGCCCCCCUGCCAGAGGUCAGGUCUGAUGAGGCAGCCAAUUUCCGGCUGCUGGUGAGGUACCUGGGGCUGGAGGAGCUGAUCUAUCCUGAGCUCAAACGCUUCAGUGAGGAGCUCAAGACCAAUGAAGUGCAGGCCCUGGAUGCAGGAACUCGAGCUGUACAGAAGGCAGGAAAGGAUGCCUAUCAGAGUGUGUUUGGCCAUGGUGUGUUUGUGAACGAGGUCGUCGAGUUUCGGCUGAAAAUCGAGCAGCUGAGGAAUUCCUACAAGUGGAUGAUGUUUGGGGUGAUCCCUGAAGAUUAUCCAGCAACAAGGAACAGCCACGAAAAGCAAGGCAGUUUUGGGUGGUCAACAAAUGGCAACACUUGGAUUGCAGGCAAGAGCACACGGAGUUACAAGGGCUUCAAGUCUGGGGUUCUUGGCGAGGGAUCUGAAGUUGCCAUGACUCUGGAUUGCAGACCCAGGCAGAACACACUUACUCUGCACAUAAUUGGUUUGCCAAACGAGUACCAGCUGAUGGACCUCCCUCGCAACCAGUGGCGACUGCAGGUGGUACUGUAUGGAAACAAUGAUGAAGUCCGGAUUCAAAACAUCAAGAAAUUGCCGGGCUCGCAUAUACUCAAGUGA